GAGGCAACACUUAACAUUAUCCUAAGUUGGUUAUACUAAAAUUCAUUUUGAUAACAAAGAUUAAUAAGCAAAUGUGUCUUUUUAUCUCCCUACUUUAUCGCUGAACAGAGAGACUUACAAAAUUUCUCCAAAUAAAAUUUGUUCUUUCUUUUUUUUUAUUCUAACCAAUUUCUUCCCCAGAAAUCACACAUAGUUUUUAUUCAAACGUCCUAGAAACAGAUCCAUUCUCACGUUCUGAAGUAUUCAUCUUAUCAUCAUCAACAUCAUCAUUGUCUUAAGGUUGAUUUAAUGGCAGAAUCGAGAUGUUAUUAACAGGUAAACACAGAUAUUGACAAAAACGGAACCAAAACACAAGAAUAAGACAAAAGCACAACAUCUGAAAAAACAUGUUCUGUUGCGGUGGUGCGGAUGAGGAACCUGCCGGUCCGCCCGCAAACCAGUAUAAUUCAGCCCCUCCUAACAAGGCCGGAAACCCUAACUUUGGGGGUGGAAAUAGAGGAGAGCCGAGGAACACGAACGCACCGAGAUCAGGAGGUCCUGCAAAGGUUUUACCCAUAGAGAUCCCUGCUGUUGCGUUGGAUGAGUUGAAUAGAAUGACGAGUAACUUUGGCAACAAGGCACUGAUCGGUGAAGGUUCUUAUGGACGUGUCUUCCAAGGCAAGUAUAAUGGAGAUGAUGUUGCUAUCAAGAAGCUUGACGCUAGCUCUUCUGAAGAACCUGACUCAGAUUUCACCUCACAGUUAUCGGUUGUAUCACGGCUCAAAAACGAACAUUUUGUGGAGUUGAUGGGGUACUGCUUAGAAGCAAAUAACCGCAUUCUCAUCUACGAGUUCGCAACUAAAGGUUCUUUACACGAUGUAUUACACGGGAGAAAGGGAGUCCAAGGGGCUGAGCCAGGGCCAGUGCUGAACUGGAACCAAAGGGUCAAGAUCGCGUAUGGAGCAGCCAAGGGGAUGGAGUUCCUUCAUGAGAAAGUCCAGCCACCAAUAGUCCACAGGGACGUAAGGUCGAGCAAUGUAUUGUUGUUUAAUGACUUUGUGGCCAAAAUGGCUGAUUUCAACUUGACCAACGCAUCCUCGGAUACGGCGGCUAGGCUUCACUCCACUCGUGUCUUGGGAACGUUCGGCUACCACGCUCCAGAGUAUGCUAUGACGGGGCAGAUAACGCAGAAGAGUGAUGUGUAUAGUUUUGGUGUUGUGCUUUUGGAACUCUUGACGGGAAGAAAACCUGUAGAUCAUACCAUGCCUAAAGGCCAACAAAGUCUUGUUACUUGGGCAACUCCGAGACUAAGUGAAGACAAAGUUAAACAGUGCAUAGAUCCUAAGCUUAAUAAUGACUUCCCUCCCAAAGCAGUCGCCAAGUUAGCAGCCGUGGCGGCCUUGUGUGUACAGUACGAAGCAGACUUCAGACCAAACAUGACAAUCGUUGUCAAGGCACUUCAGCCUCUUCUCAACUCUAAACCGACUGGUCCUGAGUCUACUUCCUAAAUUAACCAAUUCACCAUUUCUCUUGUUUUUGUUGUUGUUAUGCCUUAUUUUGUUCAAACAAAAAUGAUUGUUGGUUAUAUAAGAUGUUGUUACUUAAAUCGAAUGUAACUUAUAAUUUUCAUUGGUUUAAAGCAAUCUCUCUCUUUUUGGUUGUAAGAAGCCAGCUAGAAAUAUUAAAUUAGCUGUCAGAUACAAAUUAAAAAACGAUGUACUCUGUUUCUCUUUUCUGAGCUCAUUGAAACCAAAACCCUCGAGGACUCGGAUACUUAUCCAGCCUUUAUGAUCUUUUCUAUCUUCUGAGUGUGUUCAGUAGAGUUUAUCUUUGGGCCGAGAUAACGAAGCCCAUAAGGCCCAUUGAUGGUGUAGCGACGGUGGAGCAUGUUCAGGGAAGAGAGCAGGUGAUCGGCGAUUGAGAGAGAUGGGAACGAGAGAAGUAUACGAAGAGAAGCUGAGGCGUGGGAAUCUUGAUUAUGAUCCGACAAUGAACCCUGGUCUUGGUUCUGCUCGGUGUCCUCGUUGCCUUUCCCUCUUAAACCCUAAUCCAGUGAGCUGUCAAAGUUUGUUUCAGUGU